CCCGUCCGCCCUCCCCAGCCCGCCGGCCCGAGGAGCCCGGACACCAGGCGGCGCGGCCCAGCCCCCGCCGAGCCCCCCGGCCCGCCAUGGGCGCCGCGGCCCGCAGCCUGCGGCUCGCGCUCGGCCUCCUGCUGCUGGGGACGCUGCCUCGCCCGGCCGACGCCUGCAGCUGCUCGCCGGUGCACCCGCAACAGGCGUUUUGCAAUGCGGACGUAGUGAUCAGGGCCAAAGCGGUCAGCGAGAAGGAGGUGGACUCUGGGAAUGACAUCUACGGCAAUCCCAUCAAGAGGAUCCAGUAUGAGAUCAAGCAGAUCAAGAUGUUCAAGGGGCCUGACAAAGACAUCGAGUUCAUCUACACGGCCCCCUCCUCGGCCGUGUGCGGCGUGUCGCUGGACAUGGGCGGCAAGAAGGAGUACCUCAUUGCAGGCAAAGCCGAGGGUGACGGCAAGAUGCACGUCACGCUGUGUGACUUCAUCGUGCCCUGGGACUCGCUGAGCACGACGCAGAAGAAGAGCCUGAACCACAGGUACCAGAUGGGCUGCGAGUGCAAGAUCACGCGCUGCCCCAUGACCCCGUGCUACAUCUCCUCGCCGGACGAGUGCCUCUGGAUGGACUGGGUCACGGAGAAGAACAUUAACGGGCACCAGGCCAAGUUCUUCGCUUGCAUCAAGAGGAGCGACGGCUCCUGUGCGUGGUACCGCGGGGCGGCGCCCCCCAAGCAGGAGUUCCUGGAUAUCGAGGACCCGUAGGCCGCCGCCGCCACCAGCACCCCACGGCCAAGGGCGAAACCACCAAGGGUGCAGCUCAAUACCCCUUCCUGGAAACAGCAUGAAUAAAACUGUCACCCACGCGGGCCCACAUCAGCGUGCUUCUGCCCCCACCCCGCUCCUUGCCACGUGCCUGAGCCUCUGGAGGCACGGCUGGGUGCUCCUCCCACCUGCCCGACUGCCCGCCCGGCCUGCUGGCUCCGGGCGCAGGCAGGGGGCAGUCAUGGACUCCCGGAGUUUCCCCCGCCCAGGCCCACGCCAAGCAGGUGGCGCUUUGGGGCGUCUUCCCAGCCUGGAAGCACACUUGUUGCGGAAACGUCCGAGGGCCUCUGUGAGACUGGUAGCAGG